UCUCUCCCUGUCUAAAGUCUUUCCUCGUCCUUGUAGCUCUCGACAUCGUCGUCAUUCCUAGGAAAAUAUUCCCGAACUGCCCUUCUUGCUUUCACCAAAAUUCCACUUCGCUCCUUCGCCGCCGGCGCACCCGUAUUCUCUCUCCAUCCGUCUAACCCAUUCGUAUAGGAACUCUUAUCUUCCCGCAUGAUAAAAUUAUACACAAGCAAGGGCCGAUGGGUUUAUUCAGAAGACUAGCUGGGUUUUUAGGGAUCGCCAAAGAUGAAGCAGAAGAAUUGAAAGAAGAGGACGAGAACGACGCCGUCUCCACUUCCGCAGCCGCUCAGCAUCCCCAGCGUAAAGGCUUCAGUGUCCCCGUCCAAGUCCCCGUCGAUAGACCUCUAACGGGUCCUGUUCUCGUCCCCUGCUCCUCCGGCAAUGGCGGCGUUCAGGGAUUUAGAUGGUAUGCCAAGCGUCUUAGGAUGGAUGAAGAUGGUGAUGUUGCAGAUGAGUUCCUUGAUGAGAUUCCCCCAGAGAAAUAUGCAAUAGAUAAAGAGCAUCACAAGUCAUUGCCGAGGUUUCAAGCAAAAUACAGCACCAGGCCGGUGAAGCUGAGCAACCAAGCAAGAUGUCUCAACGGUACAAUUCAAUUUGGUGUGGAAUACCAAGGUAGGCUGGAGUGGGUGUAAGUGAUCUUCUUUGAGAAAACAAUGGGUGGUUCCUCUGCCGGGAUUUACUAGAUCACAAAUUGGUCAUUGGUUAGUCCCUCUAGCGUGUGUUUACUGGACUCCUAGAACAUGAACUUUCGUGUUCUUUUUCUUGUUAUUAUUAACGAAGUGUAAAAUUAACUUGAGGAACUCGAAAUUGGUGCUUUUUGAAUGUUAAUGUAUACAAUCAUUCUGUCAUUCAUGAA